UUCCGUUCUGCUUAUAAUUUAGGAAAAACGUUGUAUGGUCUUAUUUAAGCAAAAACUGUCAUUUGGGUAAAGAAGAAAAAAAACUGAUUAUAAGGAUAUUACACAAAAAGAAGAUGCUGUCAACAACAUUAAUCUUUGCAACAUUGUUGUUAAGCGUCCGGGCUACUGACGAAUGUGGGGGUAGUUGUACAUCUACUCAAGUAUGUGCAGAUGGAACAUGUAUAAAUACAUCGGACUUGGUAAAAUGUGGUUCAUGGACUUCUGUGUAUUACUGCCACAAGGGUUACGAGUGCUGUGGCUAUCAGGGUUGCAUGCCAGCGGGUAAUGUAUGUUGUCAACCGUUGUCCCAUUGUCCUACCGGUCAUACUUGUUGUGGGUUGUUUUAUUGUUGUGAAGCUGGAACUUUUUGUGAUGAUGAAAAUGGGAGGUGUGUCUUAGAUAAGUAUUCAACUCGAAAACCGUCCACAACAAGAUCGGUUGAAACGACAACAUCUUCUAAAACAGCAAGAACAUUAUAUCCGACAACAAAAGCAAGAACAUCUUUUCCCACAGAACCAAGGACGCGAUAUCCAACAAUUAAAUCUACGGACUGGUUCAGUGAUUACACAACAAGAACACGAUAUCCAACAAUUAAAUCUACGGACUGGUUCAGUGAUUACACAAGAACACGAUAUUCAACAGAUAAGACUACGAGAUGGUUCAAUGACUACACAACCAAGAGCUCAUUCCGAACAUCAUAUACAAGUAACAGUACGUUUCGGUGGUGGUAUGGUUUAAUAGCCUGCGUAGCUGUAUUAAUUGUGGGAAUCAUCGUCAUUGCUGUCAUAUGUAACCGUAGAAACUCUGGAGUAAAAGCGUCAAGUCAGUCAGGUAACGGCGGAGUAGUGCUAGGUGCUCCGGUCCAGACCUAUGGGCAAACGCCUGGAAAUAACAUGCCUGUGACAGCACCAAAUACUGGUCUUACGGUGCCAGGGAAUUCUGGCAGUGAUGGAACGGUGCGAAGCGCUUCGGCCAACACCUAUGGGCAAUCGCCUGGAAAUAACACGCCUAGAAUGGUACCAAAUACUGGUGUUACUGCACAAACAAAUGGACAUCCGCAGAAACGAAGCAUAGCGGUCUUCGUUGUGAGAAAGAAAGGUGUUCAGGCACAGACAAAUAAUAAACCGCCAAACGAAAGCACAGCUUUUGUGAUUACAAAAAAUGGUGUAUGAUUGUCAGAUAAGUCAUAAUAAAUGGAACACAGUACCUCCACUACGCGAUAUGCCGAUUUUAAAAUAAAGAAAUCCAUUAAUACUUCGUUUAAACAGUAUUUAAUUCAGUGUUUAUGUACAUGUAUGCAAACAAUCACAAACAAUCUAAGGAUUUGAAAACACGCUUUCAAAGAAAGCUUCCUUGAAGUCUAUUUCCAAAGAUAUAUACGGUGUAAAAUGUAUACUAACUCGUACUUGUAUUAACGCAGUGUUUUCAUUUAUUUUUUCGGCGCAGCCAUAUUCAUCUCGUUUUCAUGAACUACAUUGUGAAGGUUAUUUUUUUUAAUAUCAUAUAUUUCUAUUUUUACAUGGAGAGGAGGAAAAACAUAUAUUUGGUAAAUUGGUGCUUUUACAUGAUGAAUUUGAACAUUUUAGCUACAAUCUCUACAUGUCGUGCAAAAGUGUCCGGAAACGGGAGUUUUACUCGUUUUUAUCAUGAAAAGAACGGAAUCGACAGGCUGAAAAUAUCACAUGAUGAAGUGCUUAGUAUAUGCAAUAUAUCAGCUCUACACUUUCCUGAGAUUUCUCAAAACUGAACUUUUUUUUUACUUUUUUAGCACUGGUAUCGGCGCAAAUUUGUGGUCUUUUUGAACUUACUGUCCCAUGCUUGCGAAUAAAAUGCAGUUUUCGCCAUUUUUUCCAGUGUGGAUAAAGAGCUCUUGAAAACAAGGGUAGUCUCGCCAGACAUGAAAAAUUGGAAACCGUAGUAAAGAGUCCACGUAUGUGGUGAAUUUUAUAUAGAAAACAGUUGAGAAUCCGUAUACAGUUCAACCUAUUAGACGGAAGGUUUUCGUUCCAUAUAAAUCGAGAAGAUAAAACGGAAUGCUUCACUUUUUUGGUUGAAAUAAAUCGUUUGUACCAGACCAUAGAUCCCUUUCAUAACCGAUCUCAAAGUCAAGUUCUUUCAAGGGCAACACUUGCCAAAUGUAUACAUACCUUAUUUUCCUGCUGCACUGCCUUUAUUUCUUAUUCAACAACGGAAAGAUUAACCAUUUUUAUUAGCUCACCUGAACCUUAUUUAAGGUGAGCUGUUAGUACAAGUGGA